AUGCCACAAUCAUUCACAUCCAUUGCCAAGAUUGGUGACUUUAUCUUGAAGACACCUCUAUUGUCUAAAAUUUGUGUGCCAGUCUCAAAGCAGUAUAUUAAGUACUCUGGUUACCGCAAGCUAGGUCUAAGGUUUGACGAUUUGAUCGCAGAGGAAAACCCUAUUAUGCAAACAGCAUUGAAGAGAUUACCAGAAGGAGAGUCAUAUGCCAGAAACUAUAGAAUAAUUAGAGCUCAUCAAAGUGAGUUGACUAAGCACCUACUACCAAGAAAUGAAUGGGUUAAGGCCCAAGAUGAUGUUCCAUAUUUACUGCCUUAUAUCUUGGAAGCCGAAGCUGCUGCAAAGGAAAAGGAAGACCUUGAUAACCUUGAAUUGAGCAAGAAAUAA